GCAGAAUUCCUCGGUUGUUUCAAACGGAAGAAAACUAGAACAGCGCGUAAUUACCAUUUCUGCCCUCCCUCUCCCUCCCCAACUCGCCGUCGCGACGGCGACGCACGAAGCCGUCGCGCCGUCAUCGCCGAGGGCGAAGCCAGUCGCGGUCCUAGCAAUCACGAAGCCAACUGCGUGAAUCGCAUACAAGAGAAGGGAUAAGGGGCGGAGGAAGCCGACAAGUUACAGCCACCAGCUAGCAGAGGGGUAGGUGACGAAGCGGGGAGGCGGCCGGGCGGAGCCAGUCCAAUUGGCAGACCUGACGGCCGCCGACCAUUCGGGCGGCGGGAUCCCUCUACCGGAGCUGAGGAAUUCGUGGUCCCCUCCGAUCCUAGCCUGAUCUGCCCAUGGGAACUCCAGCUAACAUCAUUGUUGGUUCUCAUGUUUGGGUGGAGGAUCCAACUCUAGCAUGGAUAGAUGGCGAGGUUGUCAGCAUAAAAAACAAUGAAGUUCAUGUGCAGACAUCAAAUGGGAAAAAGGUUAAUACAGACAGAUCAAAAGUUUUUCCCAAGGAUAUGGAAGCUCCACCAGGAGGAGUGGAUGAUAUGACAAGAUUAUCAUACUUACACGAGCCUGGGGUUCUACAGAAUCUUGCUACGCGUUAUGAACUGAAUGAAAUAUAUACUUACACUGGUAGCAUUUUGAUUGCGGUAAAUCCGUUUCAAAGAUUACCGCAUCUUUAUGAUACCCACAUGAUGGAACAAUACAAGGGUGCAGAUUUUGGGGAGCUGAGUCCACACGUCUUUGCAAUUGCUGACGUUGCUUAUAGGGAAAUGAUAAAUGAAGGGAAAAACAACUCUAUUUUAGUCAGUGGUGAAAGUGGUGCUGGCAAGACUGAAACAACAAAGAUGCUUAUGAGAUAUCUAGCACACUUAGGUGGACGAUCUGGAGUAGAAGGGCGAACUGUAGAGCAACAAGUUCUAGAGUCAAAUCCAGUCCUUGAAGCUUUUGGUAACGCAAAAACUGUGAGGAACAAUAACUCGAGUCGCUUUGGCAAGUUUGUGGAGAUCCAAUUUGACAAGACUGGACGAAUCUCGGGAGCUGCUAUAAGAACUUACUUGCUGGAAAGAUCCCGCGUAUGCCAAAUAAAUACUCCGGAAAGAAAUUAUCAUUGUUUCUAUUUUCUUUGUGCGGCACCACCUGAGGAUACCCAAAGGUAUAAGUUGGCUGAUGCUAGAUCUUUUCACUACCUCAAUCAGUCAAGCUGUAUUGAGGUUGAAGGAAUUAAUGACGCGGAAGAGUAUUUAGCAACACGGAGGGCCAUGGACAUAGUUGGAAUCAAUGAGGAAGAACAGGAAGCUAUAUUCCGGGUUGUAGCAGCUGUACUUCAUAUUGGAAAUAUAAAUUUCGCCAAGGGAAAAGAAGUUGAUUCAUCUGUGAUUCAGGAUGAUAACUCGAGGUUUCACCUUAACACUGCGUCAGAGCUAUUGGAGUGCGAUUGCAAUAAUUUGGAGAAGGCACUAAUAACACGAGAAAUAGUUACUCCUGAAGAAAUAAUUACUAGAACACUUGAUCCUGAGUCGGCACUUGCUAGUAGAGAUGCAUUAGCCAAAACAAUAUACUCCCGAUUGUUUGAUUGGAUCGUGGAAAAAAUUAAUGUCUCCAUUGGACAGGACCCAAACUCUAAACAACUGAUUGGUGUUCUUGAUAUCUAUGGAUUUGAGAGUUUCAAAAUUAACAGUUUUGAACAGUUAUGCAUCAAUUAUACAAAUGAAAAGCUGCAGCAGCAUUUUAAUCAGCAUGUGUUCAAAAUGGAGCAAGAGGAAUAUACUAGGGAGGAGAUAAACUGGAGUUACAUAGAGUUUGUUGAUAAUCAAGAUGUGCUAGACUUGAUUGAGAAGAAAGGUGGAUUGAUUGCGCUUCUGGAUGAAGCAUGUAUGUUUCCCAGAUCAACACAUGAGACAUUUGCACAGAAGCUGUAUACAACAUUUAAGAAUAACAAGCGAUUUGUCAAACCAAAGCUUUCACGUACAGACUUUACAGUUGUCCAUUAUGCUGGCGAUGUGACAUACCAGGCUGAUCAUUUCUUAGACAAGAACAAAGAUUAUGUAGUGGCGGAACAUCAGGAUUUGCUGAAUGCUUCUUCAUGUCCUUUUGUAGCUAGCUUAUUCCCUUCACUCCCUGAAGAAUCAUCAAAGUCUUCAAAAUUUUCAUCUAUUGGGUCACGUUUUAAGCUGCAACUUCAGUCUCUCAUGGAGACCUUGAGCUCUACUGAACCCCAUUAUAUUAGAUGUGUGAAGCCAAACAAUCUCCUCAAGCCAGCCAUUUUUGAGAACACAAAUGUUAUACAACAACUACGAUGUGGAGGUGUUCUUGAAGCUAUCAGGAUAAGCUGUGCUGGAUACCCCACAAGAAAAACAUUCUAUGAAUUUGUUAAUCGCUUUGGUGUUCUUGGCCCUGAACUUCUAGAAGGAAGUAACGACGAUAAGAUUGCAUGCCAAAAGAUUCUGGAAAAAAUGAAGUUGGAGAACUACCAGAUAGGAAAAACAAAGGUAUUCCUGAGAGCUGGACAAAUGGCUGAUUUGGAUGCACGGAGGGCAGAAGUGUUAGGGAAAGCAGCAAGAAUUAUACAGAGACUAAUGCGUACAUAUAUUGCACGGAAACAGUUUGUUUUGGUUAGGAGAUCAGCAACACAUCUACAAUCUUUUGUUAGAGGGACCUUGGUUCGUAAUUUGUACGAAUGCAUGAGGCGAGAAGCAGCAGCAGUCAAAAUACAAAAAAAUGUGCGUCGUCACAAAGCACGCGAAUCUUAUUUACUACUGCAAGCAGCUACAGUCACGCUGCAAACUGGCUUAAGGGCAAUGUCUGCUCGCAAAGAAUUCAGAUUCAGAAAGGAAACCAAAGCAGCUGUCCAUAUCCAAGCUCGAUGGCGCUGCCACAGAGACUAUUCACAUUACAAGAAUAUGCAGCGAGCAGUUCUUACUUACCAGUGUGCGUGGAGACAAAGGCUUGCAAGAAGAGAGCUCAGAAAUCUCAAGAUGGCCGCAAGAGAAACUGGAGCCCUCAAAGAGGCCAAAGAUAAGCUUGAGAAGCGCGUUGAAGAGUUAACAUGGCGCUUAGGACUGGAGAAGCGAUUAAGGACUGACCUCGAGGAAGCAAAAACUCAGGAAAUUGCUAAGCUGCAAGAAACAUUGCAUGACCUACAGCUUCAAGUUGAAGAAGCAAAGACCAUGGCCACUAAGGAAAGAGAAGCAGCGAGAAAGGCAAUUGAAGAAGCACCUCCAGUAAUCAAAGAGACUCCUGUAUUGGUCGAAGACACUGAAAAAGUUAACUCUUUAACAGCUGAAGUUGAUCAACUGAAGGCUUUGCUGCAAACUGAAAGGCAAGCCAGAGAGACUGCAAAGAAAGAACAUGCUGAAGCUGAACGGAGAAAUGAAGAACUAAUGAAGAAAUUCGAAGGCGCAGAGAAAAAGAUUGAGCAACUUCAGGACACUGCCCAGAGGCUGGAAGAGAAAGCAACUAACAUGGAGUCGGAGAACAAGGUGCUUCGUCAACAGGCUGUUGCAAUUUCUCCUACUGCGAAAGCAUUAGCUGCCUAUCCCAAGUCUCCUUUCCAACUGAGAACUCCGGAGAUUGUGAAUGCUCCGAAUGGGGAGGUAAAAUCUUCACCAGAUGUAACCCCCAUCUCACUGAAUCUCAAAGAGCUUGAGGCUGAGGAGAAGCCUCAAAAAUCACUCAACGAGAAGCAACAGGAAAACCAAGACCUGCUAAUCAAGUGUGUAUCACAAGAUUUGGGAUUCUCCAGUGGUAGGGCUAUUGCAGCUUGCGUUAUAUACAGGUGUCUUCUGCACUGGAGAUCAUUUGAAGUUGAAAGAACUGGUGUUUUUGACCGUAUUAUUCAAACAAUAGGCUCUGCUAUAGAGGUCCAGGACAAUAAUGACAAGUUAGCGUAUUGGCUCUCCAAUUCAUCCACAUUACUCCUACUUCUACAACGGACACUGAAAACGACUGGAGCAGCUGGACUCACUCCUCAGAGGCGAAGGUCAACUGCUGCAUCGUUUGGGAGGGUUUUUUCGGGAAUUCGAGCUUCACCACAAAGUGCUGCACGACCUUUUCUUGGUAGCCGCUUGAUUGGAGGACUAGGUGAUCUUCGUCAAGUUGAAGCCAAGUAUCCUGCUCUGCUUUUCAAGCAACAACUUACAGCUUUCCUCGAGAAGAUAUACGGAAUGAUUAGAGACAAUCUGAAGAAAGAGAUAUCUCCAUUGCUUGGUCUUUGCAUCCAGGCACCAAGAACAUCUCGUGCAAGUUUGAUAAAAGGAUCUCGUUCUCAAGCAAAUGCCUUGGCCCAACAAACUCUGAUCGCACAUUGGCAGAGUAUUGUGAAAAUAUUAACAAACUACCUGAAUGUUUUGAAAGCCAAUUAUGUCCCUUCAUUCUUAAUCAGCAAGGUGUUCACUCAGAUAUUUUCGUUUAUUAAUGUCCAGCUGUUCAAUAGUCUUCUCCUCCGACGGGAGUGCUGUUCGUUUAGCAACGGAGAAUAUGUCAAAGCUGGAUUGGCUGAGUUAGAGCAGUGGUGCAUUUAUGCCACUGAAGAGUAUGCAGGUUCUUCCUGGGAAGAGUUGAAGCAUAUUAGGCAGGCCGUUGGAUUCCUUGUAAUUCAUCAAAAGCCAAAGAAAACAUUGAAAGAAAUCACCAACGAUUUGUGCCCUGUCCUUAGCAUACAACAGCUAUAUCGAAUCAGUACAAUGUAUUGGGAUGACAAAUAUGGCACCCACACUGUUUCGUCAGAGGUCAUCUCAAGUAUGAGAAUAAUGAUGACAGAAGACUCGAACAAUGCAGUGAGCAGUUCUUUCUUGUUGGAUGACGAUUCAAGGUUAUUUCGUGUUCCAAGUUCAGUAAUUAGUUUACGGCAGAAAUGUCCCUGGUCUAACAUUGCUCAUGAUACUUCAAACCACAGCAUUCCAUUCUCGGUGGAUGACAUCUCAAAGUCAAUGACAGAAAUCGAGGUAACGGACGUUGAUAUGCCACCUUUGAUCCGGGAGAAUUCUGGAUUUACUUUCCUACACCAAAGAAAGGACUAAGCGGAUGGUCCUUCCGCUAGCGACCUCCACAUUCCUUUCCCCACUCGAUCUGUGCACAAAUCAUGUAUAUACUCGUGGCUUUUCUUUCUACCAAAUCAAAUCUAGUCUGGUCAGGUUAUUUGGUAGAUCUGUUUGAUAUUUUUUGUUAGGUCCUCGGUUUGAUCGAUUGGUUAUUUCUUCAGUUUGGCUCCCCUUUUUGUUGGGAGGUCAAAUUUAUAUUGCAAUGCCAGGGGUCGGAUGCCCUUGGUCAGGAUGCCGAGCUGCUAUUGGAAAAGCUCGUCGUCCUUUUAUCGUCCCUUUAGCGUCUGGAAAGGUUUUCCACGGCUACUAGUCAGUCAUUUGUGUCGUUCAUUUCAAUCUUCGACAUGUUGUAAAUUGCAACGAAGAUCAUAGUUACAAGGAAUUGCACAUUGAUGACUCAUAUUUUUGGUGUACCCUGAA